AUGACCACUGUGCUCUCAAAAUACUUCUUUGCAAGCCAGGUAAUCACAGGUAUCGCAAUCUACACCCUGCUUGUAUCUCUUGCAAAGCCAGUCAUAAAGAAGGACAAACUCUAUCUCAGAGCAAUCAAUGGUAAGUGCCAUUCAUUAACUUAA